UUUGUCUUCAGGCGAUACUUAGCGUUGUGCGUCGGUGACACCCGAGUCAGGUUUGACCUUCAGGUACCGCUGGGCCCGCUGCUGAAGACCGAUCAUGGAAAAAAGACAAAGAAGACUCCAGUCAACCCCAAAACCCUCCGCUUUCUGUCCCAGCUGCUGUCCUUCCACGUCAGCUCAGUCAACGUGAUGGUGCUGAACCUGGCUCUCUCCGAGUCGCUGUGGCACAUGACGGUCACAGGCAUCACCCUGUUACUCAACCAUCAAAGUAAAAGGUUGGCCUGGGACUUCUCAGUGGGGCAACUAAGUAGUAAAGUGCUCAAAAGCAGCCAGUUGGAUAUAUGCUUGGCUGAGCUGGCCCUCAGCCUGCUGCUGUCGGGGGACGUGGCCCUGCCGGAGAUGAGGCCAGGCUGUCUGUCCCUCAAUGUGAGGACGCUCACAGCAGAGCUGCAUGAGGGCCUGUUCCUCAGCCAGCUCCUGAUGUCGCCCAAGUCCCAGAAGAAAAAAGACCCUGCUGUAUCUGGUGAGCAAGAGUGCGACGACACUGAAUUCAUCCGCACCGAGACAGUGGAACAGUUUCAUCAGCUGCUACCCCACAACGUCAACGUGGAGUUCGACAACACAAACGUGACGCUGUCCAUGCACAGCCAGAAGAGACACCUGAAUUGGACGCUGAAAUCUUUGAAGAUGAGUUACGGACGUGACGACGAGCAGCAUCCCCUGAAGAGCUUCACUCCUGAGCUGAGCUUUCCUCAGAGCAGCCUGGAGUUCAUCCUGGAGGAUGGACUUCUCCUUUCUCAGAGCAGGCAGAGGAUCCUUUGCGUGAACACGCUGAAGACGUUCCUGCAGGUUACGUCCAUUGACGUCUCAGGAUCGUUCACGGUCAACACCUGCAUCGUGCACUAUCGCCACCAAGAGUUCUCCCAUUGGUUGAAUCUGUUCCCCUGGCAACAACUGCUCCACAGGAAGGAAGCCCACAGAAAGAGUCCGUUAGAUUAUUUUCCCACCCUGGUCUUUCUCAGGCGUCUCCCCCACUUGGACGCCCCCGUGAUGAUCUCGUCCUCCGUGUCCAACGUCAACGUGUCUGUGCAGCUGGGGGACACCACGCCCUUCGCUCUGGGCUUCAUCGCCGCCAACGCAGAACUGCAGCAUCUUCUUGACCUGAAGAUCGACAACGACAGCUCGGAUUCUCAGAACUUGCACCAGCGGGCCUCGCUGAGCCUGGACAGCUUCUGGUGGAGAGUGGGUCAAGGCUCUCACAUCCAGCAGGCUCCUCACCCGCCGGGUAAACACGUGUGGGGCGAAGCAUUAAUUCUAGACACUUUAAGUCUCCAGGGGAGUUUGAACCGACCCCAGUCCGCCUGCAGCAGCCAGCCUCCCAGUCUGAAYGUGGAGUCCAGCCUGAAGGGUCUCCAGGUGGAGCUGUCGGAGACCUGCGCACUCUGCCUCUCUCGCCUCCUGACCCUCCUGCGGGUUUCCGAUGUAGGAGCCGUGUCUCUGCGCAUGGACGCCAUCAGCAUCCUGAGCUCUGCAGAGAGCUCCAGAGUGUCUCUGCAGGAGAUGAGCUUGUCUCUGGUGAAAACUCUCACUGAGAACAUGGAAGCGUGCUGCCCCGCCACCCAGACCCUCAACCCCGUACUCAAACUCACCGCAAUAACCGUCUGGUACCACGUCACCACACACAGCUUACAGGUUCAGUGUGAAGAGGAGCUGGCUCUAGACUGGGCUCCACCGGACCACAUGGUCUUGUUCCAGCACAUGACUGAAGCUCAGGCCUGUUGGCGUAUGCUCCGUGGCGAACAGGAAGAGAACAGAGACGCUGUGCUGGGUCAGACCAGAAGYUUCUCCGUACGCCUGGAAAUGGGUUCCACCCGCUUGACGGCCCACGUCAGCGAGAAGAACUACAUCCUGCUGCACACCAAGGCCUUCUCCCUUUCAAAGCACGCCGGCUCCAUACACAUACGCUCCCCUCUGCUCGUCUUCAACUUCGACGGCAACAACAUCGUCUCCUUCAAUGAGCUGGACGUGGAGACUCACGACGAGCUCACCGAGAUGCAGCUGCACAGGGACGCCUUCCCAUUCCUAGCCACUCCCCACAACCGAGUCUGGGUCUUCACCUGCCCRUCUCUGUCCGUGGAGUUCCCCUACCAGUACAACUUCUCCAAAACCUUCGACAUGGCCAUCAGCGUGCAGAAGUGGCUGAAGACUCUCCACCUCCGUCAGAAUCCGCCGCCGUCCGAGCAACGGCUGCCACCCGACCUCGUGUUCAAAAUCAGCCAGUUCUCCUUCGUCUUCCUGGACGACGUCUUCGAAAUCAAGCUGAGGGACAACUACGAGCUGAUGAAGGAYGAGAGCAAAGAAAGUGCCAAGCGCCUGCAGCUUCUGGAYAAGAAGGUGGCAGAACUCAGGAAGCAGCACGGAGAACUUCUGCCCGCCAGAAAGAUAGAGGAGCUGUACAGCUCGCUGGAGAAGAAGCACAUAGAGAUCUACAUCCAGCGCUCCCGCCGACUCUAUGCCAACACUCCCAUGAGGAAGUCUCUGCUGACCUGGACCGUGUCGGACCUGGAGCUCGUCGCCCUGGCCGAUCAGUGUUUUCACGGUCCGGAGAAAGUCAGAGAACAGCUGAGAGACAUCGACAGGAUCAGUCCCUUCCCCCGAGACGGGCUCCCUCUGGUGGUUCAGUGGUGUCGUGCUGUCAAGUUUAAGCUAGGCGCUUUUUUGGUGAGAAUUCGAGAUUAUCCGCGCUACCUGUUUGAGAUCCGGGACUGGGAGCUGUCGGGACGUCUGAUCGGGACGGAGCAGGACGGUCAGGCGAGGGCUCGUCGCAAGCAGACCGUCCAGCUCGGAGCGCCGUGGGGAGAUGUGACGGUYCACAGAAACAUGCCUCCACUCAAGUUCUACUAUGAUUUCAAAUCCAACAUCUCUCUGUAUACCAUCGUGUGGGGGCCAUGUUGGGACCCUGCCUGGACGCUGAUUGGGCAGUCGGUAGACCUGCUGACCAAACCCACGGCCGAUCYGUCUCCCCCUCUGGCCUGGUGGGACAAAAGCCGUCUGCUCCUGCAUGGACACUGGGUCAUGAACAUCGAGCACGCCAACCUGCAUCAGCUGGCUACCGAGGAUCCGUACAACACAACCGAGAACUUGCACUGGGAAUGGACCAAGCUGAACUUCGACUGGAAUCCUGGGGAGUUUGUGUUUAAAGGGAAUUUGGACAUAAACGUCCGGACGGCAUCAAAGUACGACGAUAUCUGUUUCCUGCACUUGCCCAACCUCUGUAUGACCCUUGAUCUUCAGUGGCUUUGCCACGGCAACCCCCACGACCACCACGCGGUGAUGGUCUGCUGCGCCGAGAACAUGGCGGAUGUGACCUCGGGACAGCCUCACGACUCGUACAGAGCUUUUCGCUCUGAAAACCUCAACCUCUCCAUCACAAUGGACCUCAAUCAGAACUGCUCCACUGAACCUCCCGAGCCUCGAAUCUUGCUGUACAGCAGCACCCUGCGCUGGAUGCAGAACUUCUGGGCCACCUGGACCAGCGUGUCUCGACCGAUCUGCAGAGGCAAGCUCUUCCACAGCCUAAGGCCGGUCCGCAAAAAGCUGGGUCAGCACUACAAGCAGAUGUCCUACACGGCUGCCUUCCCUCAGCUACAAGUGCAUUACUGGGCUUCCUUUGCACAGCAGAGAGGAGUCCAAGUGGAGUGCAACAAAGGUCACGUCUUCACUCGUGGGACUCAGAGACUCAUUCCACAGGCCGGCACUGUGAUGAGGAGGCUGAUCUCUGAGUGGAACGUGACUCAGAUGGUGAGUGAGCUGUCUCAGGUGACGGUUCACCUGAUGGCCUCCACCUGGGACGAGACAGCCGACCACCAGAUGAAUGCUCAGGUGAAGAAGACUCACCUGCUCAGCCUGUCAUCGCUUAGCUACCAGCGGCAGAGCAACCGCAUGGAGGAGGAAGUGAACACAACAGAUGAAACAAAUGCCUCUUACACUCAUAAACUGCGCCUGGUGGACCUCCGUGCGUCCUGGACGACCAUAAACAGAAACAUCGCCUUCGGGCUGUAYGACGGUUACAAAAAGGCRUCCGUGUUGAAGAGGAAUCUCUCCACCGAAGCUCUGAAGGGUCUGAAGAUCGACACACACCUGCAGAYGAAGAAACUCAAGCGUUCCCCCUCCAACUACUCCCCGACCGCGGCUCUCGUCACUCCGGUCAUUCCCGCUGCCAGUCGAGUGGAGAAAAGUCAAAACGAAGGUGGGCGCUCCCAGACGGCGACGAUCUCCUUGGCAGACUGGAACCAGCCCGCGCAGGUGAACGAGUCGCAGCAGGUGCAGCGCAUCAUCUCGCGCUGCAGCUGCAGGAUGCACUACAUCAGCUACAGCCACGACAUCAACCCGGAGCUGGCCACGCAGAUCAAGCCUCCAGAGAUGAGGAACAACCACGAGAAGGAGGACCUGCUGAAAAAACAGGCGGGUGCUGUGGAAACGUUCACUCUCAUUCACCACGACCUGGAGAUUUCCACGAAYCCGGUUCAGUACGCCAUGAUCCUGGACAUCGUCAACAACCUGCUGCUUCACGUGGAGCCCAGACGCAAGGAGCACAGUGAGAAGAAGCAGAGGGUUCGCUUCCAGCUGGAGAUCUCCAGCAACCCUGAGGAGCAGCGCAGUGCCAUUGGAGAGAAGAGCAGUGUGGACUGGAGGGACCUGAACCUGGUUCUUCCGUGUUUGGAGUACCACAACAACACGUGGACGUGGCUGGACUUCGCCAUGGCCGUGAAACGGGACAGCCGGAAGGCGCUCGUAGCGCAGAUGAUAAAGGAGAAGCUGCGGCUGAAGCCGGCCUCCGUGGCGGACCUGCGCGGGAAGGYGUCCGACGGGAAGACGGACAACAACCAGCAGCAGCAGGAGGAAGACGAGAAGGCCCGGCUCCUCAUCGGCCUCAGCACCGCGGACAAAAGCUCCAGCAAGAAGAGCAUCUUCAGCCGACGCAAGUGAAAAA